UGCCUGUUAUCGCUCGAGUUAAAGAGGUUAGUCUCGGAUGGUUUCGGGCAAUCUCGUACAAUUUCGGAAAAUAUCGGAUUGUCUCGAGAUUUUAUACUACGGAGACCCGUGGAAGUGACGACAGAAGAGUGGUUCCAAAAUGUUGUCGAGACUUGCCCUUCGUAAUGCUCAAACAUUACCAUUAGCUAUUCGUGGUAUACAGGCAGUUACAAUGUCAAAUGGCCCUAGACCCGUACGUCUAGUAGAUCCACCUCCUGUCAGAUUUGGAUUUAUUCCUGAUGAAUGGUUUACUUUCUUUUACUCAAAAACUGGAGUAACAGGACCUUAUAUGUUUGCUACUAGUGUAGGAACAUAUUUACUUUCCAAAGAAAUAUAUGUCCUAGAACAUGAAUUUUAUAAUGCUCUUUCAUUUGUGGUUAUAUGGAUAAUUUUGGUUAAGAAAUUAGGGCCUCCUUUAUCAAAAUAUCUAGAAAAAGAACAAAAUGCUGAAAUUGAGUCAUGGGAAGAAAGUAGAAAGGAACAAAUCGACACUGCCGAAGAAAAUAUAAAAAAUAUAAAAGAUGCAGUAUGGAGAGCCGAAGGACAAAGCCUCCUCAUGGAGGCCAAGAGAGAAAACAUAAAAAUACAGUUGGAGGCUGUAUAUAGGGAACGUCUUGCUCAAAUUUAUAACGAGGUAAAGAAUCGUUUAGACUACAAUGCUCAAAUACAGAUAGUAGAGCGAAGAAUAGCUCAAAAACAUAUGGUACAGUGGAUCAUAAAGAAUGUGUUAAAAGCCAUUACACCAGAACAAGAAAAAGCAACUCUUCAACAAUGUAUCAAAGAUCUUCAAGCACUUGCUUCAAAAGCAUAAGGGAUUAUUAUAAAUAUAAAUACAAAUAAAAUCCUUUAUGUAAGUCUGUUAGAAGAAAUAGAAAGAUUAGUAUGACUCAUUCUAAAAUAGACUAUGAGUAUACUACAAACGAAUAAAAACAAUAUCUUUAUUAAUUAAACAAUAUUAUUAUCAAAUUUUGAUGAUCUAAUAAAAUCUUCAAUACAGCUUGAUGAUA